GUAGGAUGAUGCGCGUUGGGAUUCUGUUGACCUCCGUGCUCAUUGGAUGGGUCCAGAGCAGCCACCAUUUUCUGAGCGGAACCAAUCUGGCAAGAUCAGGAGAGGCCCAGCAGAGCUCCGUCUAUAGUCCUGCACCCCAGUUCUCAGCUGCAACAGCCAUUGAUGGCAUUGAAGAGACCAAUAUUCAUAAGAGCCCAUGUGUCCACACCAAUCACGACCAUGAACCUUGGUGGCGCCUGGACCUGAAGAAGAGAUACAAGAUUAGGACAGUGGCCAUCGUGAACAGGGGGGACUGUUGCAGUGAGCGCCUGAAAGGGGCUCAGAUUCGUGUCGGAAACUCACCAGAUAAUAACAAUCCAGUAUGUGCAACCAUCACUGAUACCUCCAGAGUCUCCAUUACUGUGUCCUGCCAUGGGAUGGAGGGUCGUUACAUCAGUGUGGUCAUUCCUGAGAGGGCAGAAUAUCUCCAACUCUGUGAGGUGAAGGUUUAUGGGGAGGAAUCUCCAAACCACAAAGGAACCAAUCUGGCAAGAUCAGGAGAGGCCCAGCAGAGCUCCGUCUAUAGUCCUGCACCCCAGUUCUCAGCUGCAACAGCCAUUGAUGGCAUUGAAGAGACCGAUAUUUAUAAGAGCCCAUGUGUCCACACCAAUCACGACCAUGAACCUUGGUGGCGCCUGGACCUGAAUACAAGACACAAGAUUAGGACAGUGGCCAUUGUGAACAGGGGGGACUGUUGCAGAGACCGCUUGAAAGGGGCUCAUAUUCGUGUCGGAAACUCACCAGAUAAUAACAAUCCAGUAUGUGCAACCGUCACUGAUGUCUCUCGAGCCCUCAUUACUGUGUCCUGCCAUGGGAUGGAGGGUCGCUAUGUGAGUGUGGUCAUUCCCGGGAGGGCAGAAUAUCUCCAGCUCUGUGAAGUGAAGGUUUAUGGGGAGGAAUCUCCAAACCAGGAAGGAACCAAUCUGGCAAGAUCAGGAGAGGCCCAGCAGAGCUCCGUCUAUAGUCCUGCACCCCAGUUCUCAGCUGCAACAGCCAUUGAUGGCAUUGAAGAGGCCAAUAUUUAUAAGAGCCCAUGUGCCCACACCAAUCACGACCAUGAACCUUGGUGGCGCCUGGACCUGAAUACAAGACACAAGAUUAGGACAGUGGCCAUUGUUAACAGGGGGGACUGUUGCAGAGACCGCUUGAAAGGGGCUCAUAUUCGUGUCGGAAACUCACCAGAUAAUAACAAUCCAGUAUGUGCAACCGUCACUGAUGUCUCUCGAGCCCUCAUUACUGUGUCCUGCCAUGGGAUGGAGGGUCGCUAUGUGAGUGUGGUCAUUCCCGGGAGGGCAGAAUAUCUCCAGCUCUGUGAGGUGAAGGUUUAUGGGGAGGAAUCUCCAAACCAGGAAGGAACCAAUCUGGCAAUAUCAGGAGAGGCCCAGCAGAGCUCCGUCUAUAGUCCUGCACCCCAGUUCUCAGCUGCAACAGCCAUUGAUGGCAUUGAAGAGACCAAUAUUUAUAAGAGCCCAUGUGUCCUCACCAAUCGCAACCAUGAACCUUGGUGGCGCCUGGACCUGAAGAAGAGAUACAAGAUUAGGACAGUGGUCAUUGUGAACAGGGGGGACUGUUGCAGUGAGCGUCUGAAAGGGGCUCAGAUUCGUGUCGGAAACUCACCAGAUAAUAACAAUCCAGUAUGUGCAAUCAUCACUGAUACCGCCAAAGUCUCCAUUACUGUGUCCUGCUAUGGGAUUGAGGGUCGUUACAUCAGUGUGGUCAUUCCCGAGAGGGCAGAAUAUCUCCAGCUCUGUGAGGUGAAGGUUUAUGGGGAGGAAUCUCCAAACCACAAAGGAACCAAUCUGGCAACAUCAGGAAAGGCCCAGCAGAGCUCCGUCUUUAGUCCUGCACCCCAGUACUCAGCUGCAACAGCCAUUGAUGGCAUUGAAGAGGCCAAUAUUUAUAAAAGCCCAUGUGCCCACACCAAUCUCAACCAUGAACCUUGGUGGCGCCUGGACCUGAAUACAAGACACAGGAUUAGGACAGUGGUCAUUGUGAACAGGGGGGACUGUUGCAGAGACCGCCUGAAAGGGGCUCAGAUUCGUGUCGGAAACUCACCAGAUAAUAAGAAUCCAGUAUGUGCAACCAUCACUGAUGUCUCUCGAGCCCUCAUUACUGUGUUCUGCCAUGGGAUGGUGGGUCGCUAUGUGAGUGUGGUCAUUCCCGGGAGGGCAGAAUAUCUCACUCUCUGUGAAGUGGAGGUUUAUGGUAUGGAAACUCCAAACCUGGAAGUUUCAGGAAGGAAUCUGGCAAGAUCUGGAAAAGCCAGACAAAGCUCCGACUAUAGGCACCCAUCGGUGCUAAUGGCUGAAAGAGCUAUCGAUGGCAUCACAGAGACUGAUCUCAAUAAAAGCCCAUGUACCCACACCAAUCGAGACUAUCAACCUUGGUGGCAGCUGGAUUUGGAUAAACGGUAUCAGGUCAAGUCCGUGAUUGUGGUGAACAGGAGGGACUGUUGCUCUCAGCGCCUUUUGGGAGCCCAGAUCCGUGUCGGAGAUUCCGCAGAUAAUAACAACCCAGUGUGUGGAACCAUUACUGACGUCUCCCAAGCCUCCAUUACUGUGUCCUGCCAUGGGUUAGAGGGUCGCUAUGUGAGUGUGGUUAUUCCUGGGAGAGAAGAAUAUCUGACACUCUGUGAAGUGGAGGUUUAUGGGGAGGAAUGUCCAUAGCUGGAAGAUUACUAUGAUUCGGUGUAUUAGUUUAUCAUUGGAAGACAAACAUUCGGACUAAAGAUAUUUCCAUCAUUUCACUGAAACCUGAUUUCCUAUCAAGCUCAGCGUGAAAAAUUCUAUCAUUGGACCAAUGUUAACUCUUUAAUGCACAUAACUCAAUGGCCUUUCAUUUACUUUCCACCCGUUUCCCUUUUGCGCCUCCUCUCUGGCUCUAACUGCCACUUGUGACUCUUUAUCCUGCUGCAAACCGGCAACUAGAUGCGUCUGUGAGUUGCAGUUAGAGGCUCUGUAUAACCUGAAUGUAUGAUUGCAUUAUAUAAGAUAUAAACAAUAAAUGCUUGAGCAUAUUCUCA